AUGACAGCAACAUCUGAUACAAUCAAUGCCUCUCUCUUAAAUAGUGAUACACUCAUUAGUGUAGGCAGUCUUGAAGAACCAUUAUCAACACAGCACGAAAAAGAUAAAAAUGGCCAAAUGACAAUGUUGCAAGCAGUACUAGUUCUUACUAUAACUAUUACGGGUAUAGGUCUUUUGUCUGUUUCGUACUGUUUUAGAUCUGGUGUCUUCUUGAAUUUAAUCUUAACUCUAAUUCUUGCCUCUGUUUCUUUCGUUACAUUCAUUUAUCUCAUCGAUUCAUCCGUCAAAUCAAAUAUCCACGAUUAUUCACAGCUAAUGUCUGUAGCUCUUAGCUCGAAAUUCGUUAUUGUUGUAAAUAUCAUUCUUGCCGUCUUAUUAUUUGGCGUUGGAAUACUUUACAUACAGUACACAUACUCUCUUACAUCAGCCUUCCUUAAAAACUUCAAAGGAAUUCCAAACUGGGUUUAUAAUCGCUGGUUUUUGAUUUUUACCCCAGUUCUCUGCAUUAACUUCCCACUCAUGUGUCUGAAAACAAUGCAGAAGCUAUCAUUCGUUUCAUUUGCCUCUAUGGCACUUGUUUUUGUUUAUUUCUUACAUUGCGCUUAUUAUUUCGGAAAAUCAGUUAAGAAUGAUGGAUUCGAUCCACAAAAACAAAUGAAAUACUUCAAUUUCAGCAGGAUUUUCCUCUCAGCUAUGGGAAUUCAAGCUACUUCUUACACAUGCCAUCCAAAUAUCUUCCCAACACUGGUUAAGCUCGAAAAUGGUACGAAAACACGCAAAACUAUUGUAAUGGCGUGCGUUGUUUGCCUUGCUUACUUGAUAUAUACAGCUCCUGGACUUCUUGGGUAUUUUACUUUGUUUGAUAAGAUCCAGGACCCAGUUGUUAUUACAUAUUAUCCAAGUGGACAAAUAUUUACAUCGAUUACUACAGGAUUAUACGCUUUAUUAACUGUUUUCUGCGUUCCAUUGAUUUUAUUUGCUUGCAGACUCUCAAUUAACGAUAUUAUCUUCAAGACAGAGUUCACAACACUCAGAUGGAACUUAAUUGCACUCGUAUUACUUGUUCUUGCAGCAAUUAUCGCAAUUACUGUCAAGAAAAUCAAUUCUAUCUUCGGAAUCAUUGGUGGCGUUCUUUGUCCGUUAAUUGCUUACAUAUUACCUGCAUUUUACUAUAUAAGAAUAUGCAAACCAGGAAUUUUUAAGCUUUUGUUCGCAUAUUUCGUAAUUUUAUUCGGUUUCGCUAUCAUUGUUAUUAGUCUUUAUAACUGUUUCUAA